AUGUCUCAACUCAUUGUCGACAUACACACUCAUGUAUACCCACCCUCGUAUAUGGCGAUGCUCCGCGCUCGCAAAACAGUACCCUACAUUCACGAUCCCACCGACGGUUCUGAACCCCGUCUAAUCAUCCUCUCUUCAGACGAUGACCCCGCAACACCUCUCGACCAGAGAGGUCGACCUGUCGACACAUCCUACUCUGACAUCAAUGUGAAGCUCACAUUUAUGGAGAAACACGGUAUAAAUUGCAGUGUCAUCUCCCUUGCAAACCCAUGGCUCGACUUCGUACCUAGCGACGAAGCCCAAACAUGGGCCGAGCGAAUAAACGAUGAUCUUGAAUCGACCUGCGCGGGCGUGAACAAGAAUAAAGAGAGCAAGUCUCUUUUCGCUUUCGGUGCUUUACCACUAAGCGCGCCGUCAGAGAUUGUUGUCGGCGAAAUCAAAAGAUUAACUACUCUACCUCAUAUCCGCGGUGUGAUCAUGGGCACCUCAGGACUGGGCAAAGGACUUGAUGAUCCUGACCUUGAUCCGAUCUGGAGAGCGCUAAAAGAGACACAGCUAGUUCUUUUCUUGCAUCCGCACUAUGGUCUUCCAGAUGAGGCAUUUGGUGGUCCUGAGGUGAUUAAUCGCUAUGGACAUGUUCUACCACUUGCGCUGGGAUUCCCACUUGAGACUACAAUUGCUGUGACGCGAAUGCUUCUGAGUGGUGUUUUUGAUCGCUUCACGAAGCUUCAGGUUUUGUUAGCUCAUUCUGGUGGGACAUUGCCAUUCCUUGCGGGCAGAAUUGAGAGUUGCAUUUUGCAUGAGAGAAAGUUUAUUGCUAAUGGCGGCGAUACUCCUGGUCCCCAGCGGAGUAUUUGGGAGGUUCUGCAGACAAAUAUCUUCCUGGAUGCGGUGAUUUAUGGCUCGGCUGGGUUACAGGCGGCUGUUGUGGCUGGUAGUCAUGAUCGUUUGAUGUUUGAAGGCACUGAUCAUCCAUUCUUCCCACCUUUGCAUGAUGAGGAUGAGAAAUGGCCUAGUGUUACUACAAAUUACCGGGCUAUUCGCAGUUGCUUUGGAGAUGAGAAAGCGGAUUCCAUUGGCAUGGUUCUGGGAGGUAAUGCUAAUCGUGUUCUCCGACUGGGAUUGGAAUAA